AUAAAAGGGGUCUGUAUGGUUCAGUAUGGUACCGUGAGAUUUGGUAAGCAAGUCGCUAAAGAAGAAAAUAUGUCUGAACAUCGUGAAUUGCCCGUUGCGAGAGCUCCAUCCGGAUAUCUUUGGGAUCUUUGGCCAAGCCGAUCUGACGACUACUUCCAUAAUAGAUGGUUGAAUUGGGUUUCGGAUUGGGAUAGUUUGUUUGGUUCAUUGGAUGAUGAAUUUCGUCGAAUCAACCAUGAGUUCAAUGAUCAAUUUAAGAAAACUCAUGUUUCCCAAUUGGGAGAGCACGAAGAAGAGAAUUUACCAGCGAAAGUUGGUUGGAAAGUUGUUGAGAACGUCGCCGAAGAAAAGCGAAAUGUUCAACUAGAUUUACCAGUAAAGAACUUUAAACCAGAAGAACUUUCAGUCAAAGUUAAAGAUGGCGCUGUAGUCGUUCACGCAAGACACAAGCAUGAGAAGGAAGGUGAAAGAGUCUAUAGAGAAUGCGUUCGUAAGUUCGCAAUUCCUCAAGAUGUCGACGAAAAGAACAUUCACUGUAUUCUCCAUCACGAUGGUAUUUUAACAAUUCGUGCACCAGCACCACCAGCCAUUUGCGAUAAGCCUAAAGAAAGAGUUCUGCAAAUUGAGCGACAACUGUCUAAAGAUAGCAAAAAGGAAGAAAAGUAA